CCUUCCUCCUCACGUUUGACAUGAGCAGUAGGUGGCCGCAGUUCAUCUUGACAGGAGUACACAAUGCAAAUACUCAUCUUUUGAAUGUUGUCGCCGUACAGGGUUAUUGUCAGAGUACACGCACGGAACAAUGGUGAAGUACUUCUGCUGCGCAGGUUUGCUCAAAAGCACCUGGGACCAAGUCUGUAUUGCUUUCUGGCAACGUUACCCCAACCCUUACAGUAACCAUGUUUUAACUGAGGACAUCAUUUUCCGGGAGGUUACUCCAUCCAACUGCCUCAUUUCCAGACGUCUGUUGACCAAAACUAGCCGUGCGCCUCGCUGGAUGGAGCGGUACCUUCCAAAGCACAUGGCCAGCUCUGCAUACAUCAUCGAGGACUCUAUCGUGGACCCUCAGAAAAGGACCAUGACCACACUCACAUGGAACAUCAGCCACGCUCGCCUCAUGUCCGUUGAAGAGAGGUGUGAGUACCGAAUUAACCCUGAGAAUGGCAUCUGGACAGAGAUUAAAAGAGAAGCUUGGAUCUCUUCCAAUGUCUACGGGCUCACUAGAGCUAUUCAGGAGUUUGGUCUUGCAAGGUUCAAGACAAGUGUGACAAAGACCAUGAAAGGCUUUGAGUAUGUGCUGGCCAGAAUGCAAGGUGAAACUCCAUCAAGAACCUUAGCAGAAACUGCUACAGAGCGAGCAAGAGAGACAGCACUGGCAGCUAAGGAGAAAGCCAAAGACCUCGCCUCACACGCCCAGAAGAAGCAAUAUGUGUGAGACAUGUACUGUACGUCAUUGGUUCUUUUGGCACUGGUGCUGGGACAGAUUUGUCUUCACCCCCUUCCCUCAUGAUUCAGCCGGGGUAAGACAAACUGAUCCCGGUCAUGGGUAGACACCUCUGUGAGGAAGCAUCCAGCUGAAAUGGUGGGUGGACCAUGAAAGGCCUGAGCUGGUUUCAAGAGCCUGUUCCAGCCUCCCUGUUUGUGUCCCGCUGAAUUAACUGUUCUUUUGGUACCAGAUCAUCACAGUAUUAACCGCACUCAGAGAUCUUAGAAAGGAAUGGCUGAGAAUGGCUCUGUGUGCCAUAAAAUGAUCGUAACACUUUGCCAGCCUUGAUACUAUCCCUCAGACCUUUGCUCACCCUCUGUGCCCACCAACGCCUGCGCUUUACUCUGUUCCUUUGAUAAUGUCGUGUUAUUUUGUAAUAACUUUGUAUUAUUUACCGCUUCUUGUUCAGAAGCUUAGAUUAGCAUACCGCAGAAUAUCUGAUCAACUCAUAUUAAUUUGUAUGAUUUACUUUUGUUUUGUUGCUAUGAUGUUAUCCUUAAGUUCAGUUGUAACCACACCUUAAUCAUCCUACCAAGACUGAUUGCUUCAAGUUGAAGUUCAUUAAGUGAAGGAGAAGGGUCCAUGUUGUUGGCAGUCAUAGCUUGAUAAGAAAUAGUCACUUAGCACUCUUGGUAUUGAUCAAGAUCUCGUUGCAAUGGAUAUCAGUAUCUUUGCCAAAAUGUAAAGUGUGUGUACAAAGGUAAUAAUGACACCUUGUGUUGUACAUUCAGCUUAGGUCAGAUGAUACAGUCCAUACAACAAUGUGCUUACUGUAUGAAUCAAACAUCAGCUUGUCAAUAAAUGGACAGUUUCUUUUUAGCUGG